GAAUCAGUACACGGUAAGCCGCGGCGACGGUCGCUCGCGUCUGUCCGCCUCACGAUGCGUGCCGUGAUGAUACGUGAUUGUGAUUACCGGAUUUAAUAAUAAGUGAUUGUGGAUUGAAGAUUGUGUAAUUACUUUUUAUUGUGAUUGUGUGCGAAGUUGUUUUAAACACAUUUAAUAUUUUGGACAUAUUGUUAUAAUUUGUUUAGAUUCGUCAGUGGAAUAUAAGGAAUUGUAAACGAUUAACUAAACGUCGGUACGCACGCUAGCUCCCGGGCUCCGGACGGUAGCAGAUCCCAGCCGUACGCGGCGUAGUGCCAGACCUCUUUGGCGUAGUCUCAGAAGGGCGUAGUCCCCAGCCCAGCCCUGCCCAGCCGUCCCCGUCGACACCAUGGACGCGUGGCAGUUAUUUUUCUUGGCCUUCGUCGGACUGGCAGUGGCACAGGGCCCGGAGAAACGAAGGACCGGCAAUGUUUGCAACGUAGACAUGGAUUGUCCAGACAACGCGUUCUGCAAACUGAACAGCUACUGCGUGUGCAAGGACGGCUUCGUCUAUGCAGCGGUCAACAGCACCCAUAAGGGCUGUUUGAAAGAGGCUCGCAUAGGCGAAGAAUGCGUACAACACAUACAGUGUCACUCCACUAUGGGAGUGCAUUCGGAGUGCGCGAACAACGUGUGCGCGUGCACGCCGACCGCGCAUUUAGAAGACGACAGAUGUUAUGAAACCGCUGUGAUCGGAGAGCGCUGCGUGGUGGACCAGAACUGCUUCAUCGGCGAGCGAGGGCCGGAGCGGCAGGCGUACUGCGUGCGCGGGUACUGCACCUGCCAACUACAGUUCAGCCCUAGAGACAACGGCACCAGAUGCGUGCGUGACGCGGUGCUGGGCGAGCAGUGCGAGGACCAGCUGCAGUGCGCAGGCGCCGGGCUCGAGUGCAGAGGCACCUGCCGCUGCAGGGACAACUGGGUCGCCAACAACCUCACCAACUCAUGUGUUGAAUCUGUUAAAGCCUUGAACGACCCGUGCGAGUUCGACGUGCAAUGCGACGCUUUAGCCGGUAUCCCGGAGGUGCGCCAGCCCGGCGCCGCGCUGUGCCUCGGCGGCGCGUGCAGCUGCGGGUACAACGCGCGGCCCGUCGGCAACCCGCCGCGGUGUUGGCAUCGACGCCGGCCCGGCCAGGAGUGCAGGAGGGAUGAGGAAUGCGUGUCUGAAGAGGACGAGCCCGGCUACUGCCUCUCGGGUCGCUGCACGUGCAAGACUUGCUCCCCCGACGCGAAGGACUUCGGCGGCGCUAGCACGCUGUCCCGCCCGCCACUCCUCGCGGCCGCCAUCUUGGCCCUUGCCGCCAUCUUGCGAUACUAAACCACAGAUACAAAAUAAACAGUCAAUUACAAAUAGUACCUAUCAAUGUAAAAUAGUGCACUACAGGAUGAAAAAGUUUUACGUUCCGUUCCACGGAAUAUUUGAAUGUUAAUUAACUCCAUAAAAUUAAUAUAUUGCACAAAUUUAGUUUAGGUUGUUAUAUCGUAUGUAGUUUAUUACAGUUAUAUUUAAGGAUGUAAAUAAUUGUUGUCUGUUAUUUAACUAGAUGUUAUAUGAUCAAAUCGUUGGACAUCCUAGCAAACAGUAUUUCGAGAGUGCAAUCUAUAAGACGGGAUCAAUUAAUGUAACGUGUAGUGUUCAUGCCAAAGAAGUGUACACAAAAUGUUAUUUACUUAUGUGUAAAUAAAUAUUAUUUAUUUUAAACUAA